AUGGCUGUGAGCAUCCCAGACGGAUCUGGCGCACGCGAUGGCAUGUUCUCAGCCAGGUUUGACGGAGGAGACACGGAGAUGCUCUUCCGUCAAGUCUACAAGAUCCUGAAAGAUCGAGGCUACCCUGUCAUGAUGGUAGAAGAAGGUGCAGGCGGAGAUUUUGGAACGAAGACGGCAACCUUUCUAGGACGACUCCGAAAGCACAAGGGCGUCAUGCUCUCCGUGUGCACUUCGCACUACGGAGAGAUGACCAGCUCCACUUACUCUUCCUAUAAGGAAGUCAAGUUUGCGCAAGACCACGAUUUGGAGAUCCUCCCUUUAAGGAUGUGCGGCGACCCCUGGCCCCCUGAGCCACCUUCGGGUCCAGGCCAUAAAUACGACAAGGACGGAACAGCCGAAGGACUCAUCGCCAUGGCCAUCCCACCAAGCAAGAUCUACGUGGAGUGCCGAGGAAGAGAUGCGGAGUGGAUCGCUGCUCGCAUCGCGGAGAAGCUGCGCCAGAAGGGCGCGAGCCCUGACAUCUCGCCAAGCUCCGCCGGGUACAGCGGGCACCAGGCCGUGGUUCCGAGCGCUUCCCCAAGCGCCGCAGAAGCCAAGGCAUGGUUCGACUUGGGCUCGAAAGGUGGGGGCGAGCGCAACGGCCAGAAGCACUCAGAAAAGGCCUGUUACCUGAAGGCCCUGGAGGCGAAGGAGAACCAUGCGGAUGCGUGGUACAACCUCGGAGUCGUCGGCGGUGGGACAGUGAAGGGCCAGGCCUACGACCAGAAGGCCUGUUAUGAGAAGGCCCUGGAGGCGAAGGAGAACGAUGCGAGUGCGUGGUACAACCUUGGGCUCGAAGGUGGUGGGACAGUGAAGGGCCAGGCCUACGACGAGAAG